AUGGCGGAUAAGAACGUCCAAAUAAUUGCCGUCGCCGCUGUAUUCCUGUUUCUGACAUGGGUUGCGGUUGGUCUUCGUGUUUACUGUCGGGUUUUCUUGAUACGGUCAAUUGGGAAGGACGACAGAGUCAUGGUUAUUCUUUUGAUACUAUUUACAGUCUACCUCGGGUUGCAGAUUUACGGGGGCACACGAGGAAUUGGAUUUCUAGACAGUGAGAUAAGCCUUCAGAGGAAGCGCGAAGCCUUGCAGCUAUGGUGGGUGCUUGAGCUUUUAAAUGUUUGUUUAACGUGUCUCCUCAAGAUUUCUGUCGGCUUUUUCCUAUUGCGAGUUGCUAUAGACCGACCACACAUCUGGAUCAUUCGGAUCUUGAUGCUAGGGACAAUAUUCUUCGGGGCAACAUAUCUACUCAUGGUUGCAUUACAGUGUCGCCCAGUAAAUACGUAUUGGGAUCAAGGACCACGAACACCAGGAAAAUGUUGGCCACGGCAGGUUAUUUACGUCAUGACUAUCACCGCCACAGUUAUCAACACCAGUGCGGACUUCACAUUCGGUACCCUUCCUUGGUUCAUCGUUCGGUCAAUGAACCUACCACUUGGGACUAAGAUCGUGGUGGUUUGCAUUCUGGGUCUCGCUGCGGUAGGAAGCACAGCCACCAUCGUACGAGCCUUUUACAUUCCUACAUUGUUGGAGGAGACAAACUUUCUACACGAGACAGCAGGUUUUGCGAUAUGGAGUACUGUCGAACCCGGCGUCGGGAUGAUAGCGGCAUCCAUUGCUACGUUACGACCACUUCACCAACUCAUUGUUGCAAAAAUGGGUCGGGCAACCUCAAGCGGCUUUCGAAGAUAUCAAUGGCGCCAACGGCAACAAGCCCGACGCAACGAGACGAGCCGUCAGGUCCGCGAAGCGCAUAACCUAGCACCUCAAAACCCUCUCGCCGAUACAGAUAUCACUUCGCCGCAAGGGAUUUUGGAGGCGGCCCCGCCACCAUUGCCACAACUGAGCAAACAGACGAAUUCAACCUUGAAAUCGAGUGCAGUUGACGAGGGCAACAACAAUCGUCCGAUGUUAGCAAUGAUGGAAUUUCCCUCCGCUAUCAACCUAAGCGAGGAAUUUCGAAGGACCAUGGAGCGUACUCCUGAAGAGUGGUCCGCUAAGAUCAGGGCUGACGAACAAAACGUUGCACAGACAAGACCAGAAGACAGAGGCGAAAGUCUGACAGCUGGCUUAUUUCCCCCACAACUAGGGUGGCUGCCCCCUCAGAUAUCACCACUCUCACUAAGGUGGAAUUUCCAAACCCCACCAAGUUUCCGGAGUUUGGGGAGCCGCCGAAGCAGUGGAAGUUAA